CUUAGCCUGAGACUUGCCAGUCAUUCCCGGACCGGAAGCGGAAACUGAUCUCCGCAGCAGGCACCGGGUUCUAGCCAUGAAGGAGGCUACGGUAAAACGGCGAGAACCGGAGGAUGUGGAGAUGAAGGAGGAGGAACCAGCGGCUGUAACCGGGGAGGGAGGGAAGAAGGAGCUGGAUAGUGUCACCCUGGAAGACAUUAAGGAGCAUGUGAAACAGAUUGAGAAAGCAGUUUCUGGGAAGGAACCCCGGUUUGUUCUACGUGCCCUGAGAGCAUUGCCCUCCACAUCACGUCGCCUGAACCCCAAUGUCCUGCAUAAAGCAAUCAAUGGCUUCUUCACAUCCAACCCUGCCACCCGUGACAUGCUGCUGGGCUUCCUGGAGGAGCUGAUGGACACAGAGGGUGACUUACAGUUCAGACCACGAACUGGCAAAGCAGCUUCGGUUCCUCUGCUCCCUGAGGUGGAAGCUUACCUCCAGCUACUUCUGGUGAUAUACCUGAUGAACAGCAAACGCUACACUGAGGCACAGAAAGUAUCAGAUGACCUGAUGCAGAAGAUCAACCCUCAGAACCGGCGGGCACUUGACAUAAUAGUGGCCAAGUGCUACUACUACCACUCUCGUAUUUAUGAAUUCCUUAACAAGUUGGAUGUUGUCAGAAGCUACCUGCAUGCACGACUGCGUACAGCUACACUCCGUCAUGAUGCGGAUGGACAGGCCACGCUGCUUAACCUGCUGCUCAGAAAUUACUUACAUUACAACCUGUAUGACCAGGCUGAAAAACUGGUCUCUAAGUCUGUGUUCCCUGAGCAAGCUAACAACAAUGAGUGGGCCAGAUACUUGUAUUAUACAGGCCGCAUUAAAGCCAUUCAGUUGGAAUAUACUGAAGCCAGGAGGACACUGACUAAUGCUCUGAGGAAAGCGCCUCAGCAUACAGCUGUCGGCUUCAAACAGACGGUUCAUAAACUUCUGAUUGUAGUGGAGCUGUUAUUGGGGGAAAUUCCAGACCGUCUUCAGUUCAGACAACACUCAUUGAAAAGGUCUUUAAUGCCUUAUUUUCUGCUUACUCAGGCUGUGCGCACAGGUAACCUGUCCAAAUUCAAUCAGGUGCUAGAUCAGUUCUGUGAAAAGUUCCAGACAGAUGGUACAUACACCCUCAUCAUCCGGCUGAGACAUAACGUCAUCAAGACAGGCGUCCGUAUGAUCAGUCUGUCAUACUCACGGAUCUCACUGCCAGAUAUUGCUCAGAAAUUACAGCUGGACAGUCCGGACGAUGCAGAGUUUAUAGUGGCUAAGGCAAUCCGUGAUGGAGUCAUUGAGGCCAGUAUUAAUCAUGAGAAGGGAUACGUCCAGUCUAAGGAGAUGACCGAUAUAUAUUCUACAAGGGAACCUCAGCUGGCCUUCCACCAGCGCAUUUCAUUCUGUCUAGACAUACACAAUAUGUCUGUCAAGGCUAUGCGGUUCCCUCCCAAAUCCUACAACAAAGACUUGGAAUCGGCUGAGGAACGACGUGAAAGGGAGCAGCAGGAUUUAGAAUUUGCUAAAGAGAUGGCAGAAGAUGAUGACGAUGGAUUCCCAUGACCCUCCCUUUUAGCCAUGCUUACACAUAUGUUAUGUUUAUAACUGGGGUUUUUGUUUUGGUUUCAAGCCUCUUCCUGUCGACCAGCCCUCCCCUACCCCUCUGUAUUGGCCAUUCUAGAAACAUAACUGCAUGUCUGUUCGGUGGAGAGUGGGCAGGCUAUUGAGAUACACAGUGACCGUACCGCCAGCGCCUGUUUUAUUAGGCUGGCUUAUCACAAUGCAGUUAUGGUUUUUAUUAGGUGUCAUGUUUUCCUUCUCCUCUUUUUAGGACUUACUUGUGGUUACCAACUGCACCAAACUGCACUGUGUGAAGCUGGUCUUUUAUGGUGUAUUAAUAAGACCAUCCUGGUUCACCCUCACUACUCAGCUCAUUUUUUAUUUUUUUGACAUCAGAUAUCUCUUUCCUUAGUGUUUACACCAUUGGCACAAGGAAGAAGAUGGGCCAUUUAGCAAAUUGUACCAAUAGUGUUAGUGUCCUUUUAAAGCGUCCCUGUCAUCACACAGACAUGUCAAAAGUUUUGAUUGGUCGUAGUCUGAGUAGAAGCAUUUGGCACUUCACUCCCUAGCUCACUGCGAUCUCCUUCUCUCUGCAGGAGACAGGUUUCACUGUAAGUCUGCAUUGAACUGGGGAGUGAAGCGCUCAGCCUCGUAUUCAUCCCAGCUUGCUCUAAUGACUGGUUGGGCACUGAACACCCAGACCAAUUAUAACUUUAGACAUUUUAGAGUUUUUGUAUAUGACGGAGACACUUUAAGGGGUUAAUUGUGCAGGGUUGGGUCGGUCUAAUCUUGCAUCAGGUGUGGAGAGAGGCAUCUGCUUGCUGGGCAUCACAUUUGCAAGCACAGCAAGUAUUGUGCAUGGAUACUAUUCUGAAUAAUGGGAUCUGUGCCCAAUACUUGGCGGAUGGCUGCGUUUAGCAUUUGCGUCUUAGAUGUCAAGCAUUGCAUCUCUGCACACCUAACGUCUGCUCAACCUCUAUCAGAAUUCCCUUGUUUAGAUGACCAGGCGUCAUUAAAGGGGUAUUCCAGCUUUAUACAUCUUAUCCCUUAUCCAAAGAAUAGGGGAUUAGAUGUAUGAUCAUUGGGGACCCCUGCGAUCUCUGUGCAGACCCCAGCAUUCUGUGCCGGGCGCUGCCUCUGAGAUGGGGAUGUAACGUCACGGCCACGCCCCCUAGUGAUGUCACACCACACCCUCCAUUCAUGUCUAUGGGAGGGGGCGUGACAUCAUUAGGAGGGGGCAUGGCCGUGACGUUUUGUCCCCGUCUCGGAGGCAGUGCCCAGCACAGAAUGUCGGGGGGGCUGCACUGAGAUUGCGGGGUCCCCAGCGAUCAUACAUCUAAUCCCUUAUCCUUUGGACAUGAAUGGAUAGGGGAUAAGAUGUAUCAAGCCAGAAUACCCCUUUAACUUGCAAACAGGAUCAUGUACAUCCAUUAUUUUUUAUUUUGUAACAAUCAAGACUGUAAGGUGAAGACUCACAUCUCGUUUUCAUUUUGCUCUUUAGUAAUCCAUUAAAAGCUGUUUGUAACCAAUUUUUAUUUCUGUGGUUCGUUUGCACAGUAUGAAGUAUACCACACAAAUGGGAAAAAAUAUAUAAACGUCCUGUCGCCUAUGUUUUUUUUUUUGU